GGGAUAAAUGUCUGUGCUCACUGACUGCAUCUGGACUCUACAAACACGGACGUGGACGUCAAAAGCCGCGCUGGGCACGUCGGAAAACAGGAUGGCUGCAGACUACUUUUUAAGGAGACGUUUUUGACUCUUUAUUUUUUUGGAUGGGUGGACAUCUCUUCUAAUUUUGAAUCUAGCAUGUAUUCAUCCGGGAACAAAACCAAUGACCCGUGUCACAGCCAGCACACCAUCGACCCCUCCAAAACCCCGCUGAUUAGCGCCAUCAUGUUCGCCCUGGGCAUCUUCGGCAACGUGGCCGCCCUGGUGAUCCUGGAGAUCCGGCGGCGCAGGGACGGCAGGACCGGGGAGAGGUGCCGGCGGUCGCUCUUCCACGUCCUCAUCACGGCGCUGGUGGUCACCGACCUGGCGGGGACCUGCCUGAUCAGCCCGCUGGUGCAGGUGUCCUACUCGCUUAACACCACCUUGGAAGGGAUGUCGCCCGACAGCCACAGCGCAUGCUACUACUUCGGUGUCAGCAUGACCUUCUUCAGCCUGGCCACCAUGUCGCUGCUCUUCUCCAUGGCGCUCGAGAGGUGCUUCGCCAUUGGCUACCCCUACCUGUACAGCAGGCAUGUCACCAAGAAAUGUGCCUACAUCGCCAUCCCCGUGGUGUUCCUGCUGUGCAUGCUGUUCUGCCUCCUCCCCUUCACCGGAUUCGGUCAAUACGUGCAAUACUGCCCUGGGACGUGGUGCUUCAUUGACAUGAACUCUGGCAAGAAGCCUCACCAGGUCUACGCCAACCUGUACGCCACUCUCAUGCUGGUGCUGGUGCUGGCCAUAGUGGCGUGCAACGGCUUCGUCGUGUACCAGCUGUUCAAGAUGUACCGGCGGCGGCGGAGGAACGGCGGCUCGGUGAUGGCGGCCGCCCGUUCCAACAGCGAGCGAAGGCAGAUGUCCAUGGCCGAGGAGGUGGAGCAUCUCAUCCUGCUGGUGUUCAUGACCAUCAUCUUCAUCAUCUGCACGCUGCCCCUGGUGAUCCGGGUUUACCUCAACAACAUCACUGACAGCAAGGAAUCCCACCCGCUGGACCUGAUCGCCCUGCGCUUCAUCUCCGUCAACUCCAUCAUCGACCCCUGGGUCUUCAUCCUCCUCUCCCCCAGCGUGCUGCACUUCUGCUGGGCCUCGGUUUGCCGGGCGCCCCUGGAAACCGUCAGGGGCUCCGUAUUCAGGUCAUCCAUCGGCAAAGAGAGCCCCCCCGCCAACAUGGAGCUGUCCCGCCCCACGCUGGAGUACAUCGAGCAUUUUCAUUCUGUAGAAACUCUAUGACCACAGCGGCGCUUUGGUGUUUCGUGCUUUGAAUUUAUUGGACAGCGGAUUGGGAUGGUGUGCUGCUGAGAAGCGGAAAGGGUUACGACAUCACCUCCCAUGAGGGUGGUGUUUCUUAUCUACUUUAUGAAUGUGUUUCCAUUACAUAAUGGCCCUCUCUGUCUAACCUACAGACAUUUGAACCACGGGUGGUGAACGCCUACGGCUUCAUAUUUUGAGUGUGAAAGCUCAACUUUUUGCCUCCUUUGCUGCUUCCAUUUGUUUUGCCAGUAAAUGGAGAAAGAAAGGCUGCUGAUGGAGGAAGAAAGAGACUUCAUUCAAGUGCACGUGCUUUUAACCUACGUUGUAUUAAACGGUUGGAGAAGCUUGUGCAAGGAGAUGCAGAAUGCGACGAACUAAAGACAAGGAAGGAACCACUAACUCGAGGCCUUGCUGUGCAUGCCUUCUCUGACUCAAAUGCUGCUUUCCAAACAGUUGUUACUGGUGUACUGACAUGGAGAUGUUGUAUGGAGCACAGUCCAUAGACACUAAGGGCCAUUUUCAUAAAGCGUCCUAGUAUAAAGUGUUCCAAGGGACAAAAAAAAUGAAAUCUGUUGUUUUAAGAAUAAGAAUGUCCCCUUCUAGUUUAGACUAGAUUGUUGUAAAAAAAAAAUGCAGCUCCUCAGGUGAAAACGGUGAGAAGUAGGUUGGAGGACUUUUACAUGCCGACCGACUGGGCUGAUUUUCGACUGGCCAGCAAUCACAGAAACUGAUGUUAGAUGAGCCAUUUCCCCCGUUAAUAUUGAAUGGAUUAAGUAUUUAAAUUACCAAAAAGGGAAAUACAUUAAAGAAAACUAUUCAAAAAACUAUCCGCAUGUGAAUAGGCUACUUUGUAGGCUACUUUUAUAGGAGGCCUUUUGCUUACAAAUUAUUCAACAGUGAUAUUAUUCAUAAUUACACUAUGUCUAAUUAGAAAUUAGCCUUAUCGAUUUCACUGUCCACUCUAUGCCCAUUAUGAGUCAGAAUGGAUCAACCAAUCACACCUAUCAAAAGGGUAAACCACAGCCUCAGUCACUCCUAAGAUAGGGCUCCUUCCUAGAAAGGUUUAGCUCUCAAGAUCUUUCUCAGAAUGUUUGAGAAUGUAAGCUCCAGGAAAAAUAGAAAGCAAACACAUUCAGAUCCAUCGGGAUCAUGACGCUUAUGUAAGAUGAUAGUUUAGUGGAAUGCACUUUCAUGUAAUCUAAGUUGACAGAUUACUAGAAUAAGGUGUGUUCAACAGGAAUGCGAAGCGUUGCAUUUUAAAAUUUGAUUUUAAAUAUUCGGGGCAUGAGUUUCUCUUGAUCUUUGGAACAUUAUCUCAUCACCUCUGAGCUUCUUAACCCCUGGUCUGCUUUGGUAACCUUUCCCCUCGCGCGCCUUGCCAGGUUCCUGCUGGAAAGGUCAAAGGGCAAGAAGCCCGGAGACCUUUUGGUAUACAAGAUAUUUAAAACUACACUCAGGGAAUGAGUGAUAAACACAGAAAAAGUUCUGCUGAGGAUUUACAUUUCAUUUAUACAUGUACAGUAUUAGCAUAUAAGAUAUUAUGAAAAUAUUUUAUCAAAAGUUAUUCAUAUGGGUCUUGAAAACUUGUAAUAAAUACAUACAUAUACAUAUAUGUAUGUGUGUGUGUGUGUGUGUGUGUAUAUAUAUAUAUAUGUAUAUAUAUAUAUAUAUGUAAAUGUAACA